AUGAUGAUCAUCUUUGCCUACCUUCCGUACGGGCUCGCAGAAGGGAUCUCGCUCUCGGGCAUCAUGGCCAUCCUGUUCUCCGGCAUUGUGAUGUCACACUACACGCACCACAACCUGUCCCCGGUCACCCAGAUCCUCAUGCAGCAAACCCUGCGGACCGUGGCCUUCUUGUGCGAAACAUGUGUGUUUGCAUUUCUUGGCCUGUCCAUUUUUAGUUUCCCUCACAAGUUUGAAAUUUCCUUUGUCAUCUGGUGCAUAGUGCUUGUGCUGUUCGGUAGAGCGGUGAACAUUUUCCCCCUCUCCUACCUCCUGAAUUUCUUCCGUGACCAUAAAAUCACCCCGAAGAUGAUGUUCAUCAUGUGGUUCAGCGGCCUGCGGGGCGCCAUCCCCUACGCCCUGAGCCUCCACCUGGACCUGGAACCCAUGGAGAAGCGGCAGCUCAUCGGCACCACCACCAUCGUCAUCGUGCUCUUCACCAUCCUGCUGCUGGGCGGCAGCACCAUGCCGCUCAUCCGCCUUGUGGACAUCGAGGCCAAGGCGCGCCGCCGGAACCGCAAGGACGUCAACCUCAGCAAGACCGAGAAGAUGGGCAACACCGUCGAGUCGGAGCACUUGUCGGAGCUCACCGAGGAGGAGUACGAGGCCCACUACAUCAGACGGCAGGACCUCAAGGGCUUCCUGUGGCUGGACGCCAAGUACCUGAACCCCUUCUUCACACGGCGGCUGACCCAGGAGGACCUCCACCAUGGGCGCAUCCAGAUGAAAACGCUGACCAACAAGUGGUAUGAAGAGGUGCGCCAGGGCCCCUCGGGCUCGGAGGACGACGAGCAGGAGCUUCUGUGA